UCGUCAGAUGUCUGGACCUUGCAUCACACUUUCGUACGAUGAUAUAUUCUCUUGAGCAGUAUACAAACUUUUAGGCCGCCAUUAUUAUAAGGCCAUGGGUUUCAUAACAAAAUUUUAACCAGAAUUGGCAAAACUCUUAAUAGCAUAGUACUCGAUAUGUAAUUUGAUUCUUUGGCCACUAUUAGCCCAUCGAAUAAUUUGAUUAUUUGGUCAGAUAAACAAAGUUAUCGUGUACCAAGAGUUUGGGUAUUUGAUCUCAGAACUACAAAAGAUGAACACAAAUUUGGCAAAUUUGAUUUCAGAACGGAUUGAUUAUGGACUAUGGAGGUAGAUCUCAGAACCAAAAAAAAUGAACACAAAUUUGAGAUGGAUCUCAGAACGGCUUAAAAACUAGUAAAAUUUAGAUUCAGCUGUGUUUAACUCGAGUUUUAACUCAAGAAAUUAACUGGACGGUCCGCUGCCGCUUCCCGCCAUUACUGGGCAGCAUAAAUAAAUGAGUUCCCGCGAGCUCAUCUCCCUCAACCGCCUCGCGAGAAUUCAAGCCGCUCAUGCGUUGCAUCGCCGCGCGCUUCGCGUCACCCCCACGGGAAGCGUGACCCCGCUCACGCCGCGCUCCACCGCCGCCGCCGCCGCCGCCUCCUCCUCCUCUCCUGCUCCCUCUCCAACCAGCAACCGAGAGCUCACCUGUUCUUGUUUCUCCCGGCACCGAAAGUGAGAAGAAAAAGGAGAGGUAUAAAUGAGCUCGCCGACGCCAUCACGGGCCGCCGCCGCGUCGUCGUACCGGAGGCGUGGGAGGUGCACAAUAAGAAGGGCGCGGGUGCGGCGGUGCAGGAUGAAGCUGAUGUACUUCCUGAUGGACAAGGAGGAGAAGCAUCGGAAGCGGGCGGAGCUGGAGCUGGAGGUGUCGGAGCUGGAGGCGGCGCUCGACAAGGAGACGCGCCUCGGCAGGAUCCUCCACUGCUCCCUCCAGGGCCGCGUCGUCUGCCAUUGCUGCCUCUCCACCCUCGUUCCUAACAAGAUCAGGGGCCUCCUUGCAGAGCUAGCAAUUGUGGAGGAUGAGAUAUUCUACCUGGAGAAGAAGGUGGACGACUUACGGCUGCGGCUUCACCGGGAGCGCAAGUGGACUGAUCAGUGCAUUUUUCAGCAGCAGCAGCAGAAUUGGCCGCAAAAUCGCCAUCAGAGGCACUCCAUCUGCAGCCUUGGUGGAAGGAGGGAGCUUCAAGGAGCUGAGUUGCUACCAAGGCUACCUUGUCCUGGCAGUGAUGAAGCUCUUGAAUGUGAAAGCAAGGCUUCUGUUGGAUCUGUCUCUAGCAAAGGUGAGGAAGUUGAGCAAAUACGAAGAAGCAGCCACUCAUUUGAGAAUUUGAAGCUCCCUGAAAGGAAAAUCUGCUUGAGUGGCCCAAAUAAGCUCUCUGAGGAGCUGAUCAGACUGACAGUGAACAUCUUCCACAAGCUGAAUAAAACAACGAAUGCAGCAGAGCUGGAGAUGAGCAGCACAUCAAAGCUCAACAUCUCCUGCAUUGGCCCCAGAAGUCUUGUUCCUAAGUCGUCUGCGAUCACCGGCGCAGCCAUUAGCACUCUCAAGAACCGCAGAAUGUCACAGGGCGGCGACGGAGCAGAGAAGGAGAUUGGGUGCCACAAGAGAUUUGUUGAAUUUACGAAGAGCUCGUUUGAUGUAAGCCGCAUAUCGUCGUGUCUUGUAGACAUCAAGAACUUGAGAAUCUUGAUGCAGAGGCUUUGCAAUGUUGAUCCAAGUUUUCUGACGAACAAGCAGAAGCUGGCGUUCUGGAUUAACAUCUACAACUUCUGCAUAAUGCAUGCAUGUCUUCAGCAUGGCUUACCUCCAUCUCCAGAUAAGCUUCUUGGAUUGCUGAAUCAGGCUUCAGUGAACGUGGGAGGAACAGUUCUGAAUGUUCUGUCGAUCGAGCAUCUCAUCCUGAGACACUCCCCUGAAGGCAAGCAAGGAAUCAUGGACGAAAGGGAGAGAGAUUUGCAGCUCUCCUACGGGCUAGGAUACCCUGAACCCAACGUCGUGUUCGCUCUGUGCAGAGGCAGCCGCUCCUCGCCUGCACUGAGAGUUUACACGGCGGAGGACAUCUCGAACGAGCUGGAGCGAGCCAAGGUGGAGUACCUGGAGUCGUCGGUGCGCGCGGCGAGCAAGAAGAAGGUGGUCGUCCCCAAGCUGCUGCACUGGCACAUGCGGGACUUCGCCGACGACGUCGCGUCGCUGCUCGAGUGGAUCUACAGCCAGCUCCCCGGCCGGUCGUCGUCGACGGGGCAGCUCAAGCGCACCAUCAGGGAGCUCCUCGGCGCCUCCGGCGCCGGUGGCAAGGCGGCGGUGGCGAAGGCGGUGGAGGUGGAGCCUUACAGCGCCGAAUUCCACUACCUGCUGCCACUCUGAUGCGAUGAACCUCUGAUGAUGAGUUUCUUCUCCUUGCAUGCAGCAUUGCUACGUACGGCUUUGAAGAUAUUCUGUUAUUUCGCCGCGUAUACCAACGUGUACAUCGUUGCAAGUGACUAAUCUAGUCAAUCAAACAAAUAAAUUUAGUGAAGUAUAUAUAGUUCAAUUUUCCCCCCUACUGAAUCCAACGAUGUGCAGCCAUUUUAGAAGUUAGUAGUUGUAGUAUGACUGAUACUCCCUCCAUCCAUCCCAAAAUGUUUUGGGGGAGUAAUUGUUAGAAGGAAAAAUUGCAAAAAUGUACCUCAAUAUCAUCCUGAGUUAAGAUCCCCUAUAAAAUAUUUGUUGCAGAUA